UCAAACAGUACUUCAUUCGAGGAGCUGAGAUGGGGCUGCUGGGAAUCACUACUCCUGUUUUUAUUAUUUUUGUUAUUUGCCUGGUUUUCCUUUGGGUGUGGAAAGGUCGCAAACCGGGACGGCUACCACCGGGCCCAACUCCCCUUCCCAUCAUUGGGAAUCUGAUGCAGCUAAACCUGAAGGACGUCCCUGCGUCUCUCUGCGAGUUAGCCAAAGAGUACGGCCCUGUUUACACGUUGUACCUUGGACCCUCGCCCACUGUGGUCUUACAUGGAUAUGAGGCGGUGAAGGAAGCUCUGGUCGAUCAGGGUGAUGAAUUCCUUGGCAGAGGACCUAUUCCAAUUAUCUCAGAUUUCCAAAAAGGACAUGGAAUCCUUUUCAGCAAUGGAGAGACGUGGAAGCAGAUGCGACGCUUUUCCCUCAUGACCCUGAGGAACUUCGGGAUGGGGAAGAGGGACACUGAGGAGAGGGUCCAGGAGGAAGCUCAGUGCCUGGUGGAGGAGCUCAGAAAAACAGGGGCUCAGCCCUUUGACCCUACUUCCAUCCUGUCACUUGCUGUCUGCAAUGUAAUCUGCUCCACCCUCUUCAAUGAGCGUUUCCAGUAUGACGAUGAGGAGUUACUUUACCUGAUGAGUUUGUUAAAUGAAAAUUCUAAGAAAUUAAGCUCUCUAUGGAUCCAGAUGUACAAUCUGUGGCCAAAUCUUAUAAAGCAUCUCCCUGGAAACCACAGAUCAUUUUCCAAAAGGAUGACAAAUGUUAAAAAUUUCAUUCUGGGAAAAGUGAAGGAGCAUCAGAAAUCCCUGGAUCAGAAUAACCCUCGAGACUACAUCGAUUGUUUCCUCAGCAAGAUGGAGCAGGAGAAACACAACCCCAUGUCUGAAUUUGACUUGGAGAACUUGGCCGUCUGUGGAUCCAACUUGUUUGUGGCAGGAACAGAGACCACCAGUUCCACCCUGAGAUUCGGGCUCCUGCUCCUCAUGAAACAUCCAGAGGUGGAAGCCAAAGUUCAUGAAGAAAUUGACAGUGUGAUUGGACACAACCAGAGGCCCUCCUUGAAGGACAAGAUGAAGAUGCCUUACACAGAGGCUGUGUUGAAUGAGAUUCAAAGAUACGUCUCCCUCCUUCCUUCUAAUUUACCACAUGCUGUGACUAAGGACACGAAAUUCAGACAAUAUGUCAUCCCCAAGGGCACCACGGUUUUUCCAUUGUUGUCUUCCGUCUUGUAUGACUGCAAGGAGUUCCCCAACCCAGAGAAGUUUGACCCAGGCCACUUUCUGGAUAAAAAUGGCAGGCUCAGGAAGACAGAUUACUUCGUACCCUUUUCCCUUGGAAAACGGGCCUGUGUUGGCGAGGGCCUGGCCCGCGUGGAGCUGUUCCUCUUCCUCACCACCAUUCUGCAAAACUUUUCCCUGAAGCCCCUGGUGGAGCCCAGCCAACUAGAGACCAAACCCCUUGUAACUGGGCUUCUCAACGUUCCCCGGCCUUUCAAGCUGUGCCUUCUUCCUAGAUGAACGCACUUUUUUAACAAUAUGAUUCAAAGUAAUUGCUUCUCCUCUUACUCCCCAGCAGUCUUUCUCUUCAUUUUAAAUUCUGUGUAGGACAGAAAUACUACUCACUAAAAACUUGAUGGACAUUUGUUUAAAUCUACAAAUCCCUUGACAAAAAGGAGCUGGGUCCUGAAAACUCCAAGGGCACAAACACUGUAUUCACACCCUGUACAGUUCUUGGUGAGCCACGCUUCGGCAGAACCAAGACCAGGCCCGCCCAAGGCUUUUGUCGGGGAUAGUUAGCAAUAGAGAGCCUUUGCUCUUCUUGUGGCUGCGGACAUAUGCUGAUUUUCUGUUGAUUUUCAAAACAAGGACAUUAAUAUAAUAGCCUCUGUGUGUGAUUUCUAUUUCCAAUUGAAAGCAUGUAUAGGAUUUGUACCACAUUCACAAAAUAAAUCCUUACUUCCACAAUA